GUACACGAAAGACGGUGGGUUCUAUGCCCAAGCGAAGGCACUAUGUUUCCUACACUGCUCAUGUAACAGUUUACAACCGACAGCGCGCUCGGUUCCGGUAGUUUUCGAGCGAGCGAGAAGGCGAGAGGAGUCCGUGCGGGGAGCAAGUGUAUGGCUGGUUGUUGUGGGAAGUUUGGUCGGUGGCAUCUUGAUUGCCUUGGACGUUUUCAGGGUAGUAACGUUAUCGUUAUGGUCGUGUUAUGAUACGUUCGCGUGGUCCCCAGCUGCGGUUCAAGGUUCAACUUUGCGGUGGUGUUCGGCGUAACAUGUGCCCUGUGGAGCGAACAUAGCCAAAAGGAUGACAUACUGCCGUGCUCUGGCCGUGGUGGCCGUAGUUGGCUUCCUGCUGAUGAUACUAGGAGGUGCUGGGGUCCUCUUUGUGCCAAAGCUGUUUGUCAGCAUUGUUUUGAAGAAACUGCCACUGGUGAACGGCUCGGAGGCCUUUGAGCUCUGGCGCGACAUUCCACUGCCUGCCUUCCAAAAGGUCUAUUUCUUCAACCUCACCAAUCCGUACGAGUUUCUCCAAGAGGGCAAAAAGCCCAAGUUGCAGGAGGUGGGGCCAUACACCUUCAGGGUGUCUAUGGUGAAGACGAACAUUGUGUGGAACCCCAACCAUACCGUCUCCUACCGGGAGGUGCGAACGUUCCACUUCGACCGGGAGAAGUCUGUGGGAGGCCAGGAUGACGUCAUAGUCUCCAUCAACGCCCUUCUGGUGGGUGCCGGAGCCCUUCUGAAACGUGCCAAUCCGGCGUUGAGGUUAGUAAUGGCCGUGGUCAUCAACAAGCUCAACGAACAGCUGAUUGUGAACCACACGGUUGGCGAGCUGCUCUAUGACGGUUACCCGGACUUCCUGGCUGCUGCGAGCCACAUGCUUGACCCGACCAUUCCCACCUCGGACGGAAAGUUUGGCUAUAUGCACGGGAGAAACGCAACGGAUGACGGUCUCUACACAGUCUACACCGGAGAGGACCGGAUGGACCUGUAUAACGUCAUUACUCGCUGGAAUGGCAAAGAGAACUUGACGGCUUGGAAGGGCACGUGCAACAUGAUAAACGGCACAAACGGAGAACUUGAACCGCCCUUGAAGCCGGGCCAGGACACCCUCGAGCUCUUCAACUCUGACAUCUGCCGGUCCUUUAAACUGGUGCGCGAGGGAACGGACAGCCUCUACGGCAUCUCGGCAGUGAGGUUCCGCGUCGACAAUCGCACCUUUGACAACGGCACGACGUACCCGCCCAACGCCUGCUUUGACACGAAGCGCACGAUGGCAUCUGGUGCUGUGGACAUCGGUCCUUGCCAACACAACCUGCCCGCUGCCCUCUCCUUCCCUCAUUUCUACCUGGCAGACCCAUCCUACAGCGACAAGGUGGAGGGCAUGAAACCGGACCCCGAUCGUCACAGCUUCACUUUGGACAUGGAACCUAGGCUCGGUCUCUCCCUCAAAAUAAAUGCGCGCAUUCAAACCAACUUCAUUCUCGAGAGGGACCCACUGAUUAGGAACUUGAGAAACAUUCCAGAGCUGACCUAUCCCAUCCUGUGGCAAGAUUUGGCCGUGGAGCUGGACCAAAAGUUUGCGGACCACCUGAAGUCUCUCAUGGACAGACCGCUGUACUACAGCUUGCUGUUUUCGUAUCUCCUGCUGGGCUUCGGGGCAAUCAUGGUGCUCGCUGUGGCCGCCUUUGUGGCGGGCAGGGCACUCCAGAGGUUUUUGUCUCCAGGCGAUGACGAUUCAUCGCUCCUGAUCAACGACGACGACAAGGUGGAUGAACCGAGCGACAAGGAAAAUGGCAUUAUUCACGGGUAGUGCAAGAUCAGUGAGGUGUCCGCAAGAAGGAAGAGUGCUGCGGUGUGCUUAGCACCAAUGACCGAACGCUUUUGGUGCUUGCACAUGUGGUGUCGUGGAAAUGAAAACAUUGACUCCUAGUCCUGUUUGCUCUCCAACAAGUGAAAGUGAAGUUUCCAUUUUUAACUUUCUAAGGAAUUCCUCGCAGGCGCGACAAUAUUUUGUUUUGUUUGUUAGACUGUGCGUGAUUGGGCAGGGACCGAUAUGCCACUUUUGCUUCGGUAUAUACUUAUGAAUGACUAAGUUUUGCUUAAGAAAUGUUUUAUCCGAUGCUGCCUCGGAAUGCCAGUGUGCUGUUGACGCGUUUCCAGUGUGAUUCAGUUCUUUGAAUCGUUGCAAGCAGUGCCUUUGUGUACAUUCGAUUUUUCUACUUCUAUACGAUGCGUUUCUAGGAACAGAGGUAAGUCGUGCUUUUGAAAUGUGUGUUUUGUGACAAUGAAUGGCCUUGUUGUUUGCUAGGCCUUUUAAACAUGCUCAUUCAGACUUUCAGGGUCAAAUGGUCUGGGUACUUUGGGACGAUACGACUGAUGUCUGUUAGUCAGUCAAUGUGAAUAAAUGAACUUGUUUUGUA